AUGCCAGGCGCACGCAGACGACGAAGCAUGAUUUCGGUCCCCUUUCACGACAAAAUCAUUGCUUGCAACGACGUAAUUCAGCCCUACAAGAAGAAGCAAAAGACUGCUGCUGCUGUUGCUGUUGCUACCAAUGAAUUGGCUACCAGCAGCGGAACCAAAUUCUCGGCAACGACUUCUCCAAGUCCCUCCAAGCUCAGAAUCAAGAUUCACUCUCCCUUCAAGGCCAGCAAACUUCAGGCACAAAAGCAGCAUCAGAAGCAGCAGCAGCAGCAGCAACAACAACAACAAGACAAUGCCACUCGCAAAGUCACAGCCAAGCAGUUGGACUUUAUGGAUGCCUCCCUAAUGUUAGAACCCACUCCGAUUGAGAAGAUGUGGCGUUUGGAGGAUCAUUAUCAGCUUCAGCAAUUGUUAGGAGAAGGCGCCUAUGGCAAGGUCUACGAGGCCAUUCGCAUAUCGGAUGGACAACAUUUGGCACUCAAGGUCAUUCCCAAGUAUACUUCUACGGAUCAAGCCUUGGAACGAGAAAUUCAAUCCCUGUCUUCCCUCUCAACGCCAGGCCACGAACAUGUCUGUCAAUUGUAUGACCAUCAUCGAGACGAACACAAUGUGUACUUGGCAAUGGAAUACAUCGUGGGUGGCGGUGAACUCUUUGAGCAUUUGGUCAGGGCGGGACCCUUUUCCGAACAAGAUGCCGCCAACUUUUUGCAAGAAUUCGCCCAAGGAUUGGCCUACAUUCAUUCCAAAGGCUACACACAUGGCGACUUGAAGCCGGAGAAUUUGCUCAUGAGCAACGAUGCCCAACGUCCCUGUGUCAAGAUUGUGGAUUUUGGCUUUUGCGUCCCCAACACCAAACGCCCACCCACCAAGCUCAUUUUUGGAACCGUGGCCUACUUGGCGCCCGAGAUUCUCAAGAAUUUGGGCGUCCCCCAGCAACCGACACCACCCGUGGACAUGUAUGCCGUGGGAGUCAUCAUGUACACCUUGCUGACGGGAACGCACCCGUUUGACCGGACCAACAGCGCCAGUGACGAAUCGAUCAAGUCUGCCAUGAUCAACUCGUUGUAUCACGCAAACUCGAACCAGAAUCAUCACCAUGCACCCGAUUAUCUGAGUCAACACGUCUUUGAUGAUCGGGUUUCCAAAUUGAGUCAAUCGGCCAUUGAUUUGAUGCGCAAUUUGUUGCAACCCUGUCCUGAAAAGCGCAUGACUUCUCAGCAAUUGCAACAACAUCCAUGGAUCAAGGGACAAACGGCCACUCGUGUCUUGUUGCAUUCCGAUACCAAGUUGCGACGAUUCUGGCAACGUCGGUUUCGAGCGGCAAUCAUGAAAAAGUUUCAUGUGGGCAUUUUAUCCACGGAUGAAAACCUAAAAGCGAUCUACUAUGACAGCAUGGAUAUUACAGGAGAUGGGAAGGUCGAUUUUGAAGAAUUUCAAGUGGCCAUGAAAGACAUUUUUGGAAUUCAUCAAAUGAAGGAUUUGUUCAACAGUGUGGACAUUCAAGACAAUGGUUAUUUGGAAUACGAAGAAUUUGAAGCAAUUAUGAAGACGCAAUUUGAUAAUGUCAAUACUUCCCAUUUGAUUUCCAGGGCAGAUACCUUGGGGGUCAUGGCCAAUACCGUGGCGGAAAAUGGUGGAAUGAUGCCACCCAAGGAACCAAAAGUGAGUCAAUCUUCCGUGGCAACGACUGCGACUGCAUCCACCAUGGCCAGCCGUCGAUCCACCAUUGGAGUACGAGCGGAAAUCCUACGACAAUUUGGUCGUCGGACGUCCACCACCUCGAGGCACGAUUUGGAAUUGAUCUUUAUGCAUUUGGACCAAAACCAAGAUGGUACCGUCGAUAUAUCCGAGUUGAUGGACUUUUUACAAGAUCAACACAAUGUGGACUCGGAAGCCAUUUCUGCAUGGGCCGACGAAGUAGACCGAGAUAUGGAUGGUACCAUUAGUUUUGAAGAAUUCUACACCGCCAUGACCACAAGUCGAUGA